GGCCGAUAAGUUGUGGUUACAAAACAGACAAACAUGCAGAAGAAAGCCGGUGGCGGCCUUUUAUCCUUUUUUAAGACCGAAAAUGGACGUAAAGUGGUGUUCUAUGCGGCGGGCACGACCACAGCUGGACUUUUCAUAGCCAACUUUGUGCCACACACAUUCGGACUGAAAUAUUACCGAAAUUUUGUCCAAUGUUAUCAGAAUGGCAUUGAACGUGAAGUUCCGGAAGCAGUGCAGCAACGUGUGAGUCAGGCAAUGGACAAGCUGGAGAUUGAUCCGCGUGAGCGCAAGUUCGUUAAACCCUUUACUGUAUUUGGAUUCGAUCUGUUCCAAGCGGGCACCACAAAGUAUCGCUUUGGCGCCGCCCUGGGCAUACCCGUAAACUAUGCCUAUGGCAGCACUGAUGAGAUCAAGCGGGCAGAUAUACGCUUUCGCGAUCAGCAAAUCGAUUGGACCUCGGACAGCGGCAAACUGUUGGAGAAAGCUAUUGUCUUGACGGAGGACGAGCAGGUGUUUGGACUAUGCAAGGCCAUUCUGCAGCUGCAAACGCAUCGCGUGCUUUUGAACUCUAUAUACCCCAGUCUGAGCUUCCUCAUGGUCUACACCGUGGGACACUUCUUGAACCUGCGUCUCAAUCUAUUUGCGCGUCAUGGCAGCAUGCGUUUUGUUUUAUACACAAUUUUGGGCUUGUUCGGCGUGGGCAGCUGGUCUUUCAUGAAGGACGUUAAUCAGGUGGUCACCGAUGCGGACAUAGACAAGAAACUUGCAACGCUGGGUCCACAGUUUGUGGCCGCCGGCAUUAGCUACUAUGAUAAGCAUUUAAAGAAGAAUAUUGCCCUAAGAAAUCUCAUUGGAGACAACACCUACACGGCUCUGGGCAAUGAGAACUACAUGCUGCGCCAGAAGUCUAUGCCAUUGACGGCGCGCAAGUCUUUCUUUGAGGAAAAAUGGCAGGAGCUACAAAAUCAACAGGAAACGGCGGCGACACAAUAAACAUACCAAACCGCCUGAAGGAAACUGUUUUGGUAAAAA